CGCCCUUGCUUGACCCAUCGGGGUGCAUUGCAUGGAGGGCUGGGAUGGAUGGAUGGACUACAGUAGGAGAGGGAGAGUAACAGGCCUGCCUGAGAAAGAAAGCAACCAAAAGCCAAGGAGAGGCUGUGCUGCUGGCAGCCGACUUCCACGUCUUUCUUUCUUCACGCACAUGCGUGCCGCUGGAGAUAACCUACGACGGCCAGGAGUGCUACUGGCUCGACCCGCGGCGCGACGGCAAGGCGGACGGCCCGGGCACUGUGGUGACGCGUGACUGCGAGAAGAAGCUGUACGUUGGCGACAUGAGGGAGGGGGUGCCGCACGGCCGGGGGAUGCACACCGAGGACGUCUCUGACGCCCACUUCUGGUACGAGGGCGGGUGGAAGGAGGGCAAGAUGCACGGCAAGGCGGAGGUGGAGCUGCAGGAGUUCGGCAUUGAGGGCGAGCACCCCCCCAUGCGUGCGACGCUCUUCAGUGGCGAGUUCGAGGGCGGCACGGCCACGAAGGGCACCCUCUUUCCUGGCCCCCCAGUGGCCAUCCCGCUGAACGUCAAGUGGGAGGCUGGCGGGAAGCUCGAUGACGCCGCACGUGGUGAACUGUCCAACAUGUAUGAGAGACGGAGUAACGAUGAUCUGCCCAACUGGCUGCCUUUGUUUCCAGCCGACGACGACGAGUAGAGAUGGAUGACACGUCGUCAUCUGACACGUGCCAGCCAUCGGAUUUUGCCCCACGGUGCCCCGCCACACCCGCCCCACUAUGCCUGCGUCUCUUUUCUAUGGAAUGUCCGGCUGGCUGGCAGCAUGACAGACAGUGUUUCCACCUUUGCACACUGGCUGGCCCCCCUUCUCCAAUGGCCAACGCACCCGGCCUUCCCUCGAGUCAGAUCGCUCUCAUGUGCCUUUCAUGUCGACAGACAGAGGCGUGAGUCCACCUGCAUUGAUUUGAUCGCAUGUGUGUGUGUCGGACGAUACGUGGCGGAUGCGAUGCGCGUGGCGACUGUACAGAGAUGUGGGCUGUCCCAUGGCAUGAUGGGGCGGAAGGCUUGUCCCAUCCAAAGGGUGGGCUCACGACUGUCUUGCUGUCCAUUUGUUGAUGGAUGGAUGGAUGGAUGGGCCGGCGGGGUGCGAAGCGUGUACGUGUGAGUCUGCC